UACUCUUUCUGCAGCUUAUAUGCUUAUCCACAGUCUCUCUCCACCUUAGAUUCAUCAACUACUUCUCUUCUGGUGUGGUAGAGAGAGAGAGUGAGACUGAGAGAGAGAGAGAGAGUGAGACUGAGACUGAGCCUUGGAUUAUCUACCAACACCAAUGGCCUGUUCAACAGCUUUCCUCGGAGCUUCUUUGUCUCCAAACCCCAGGAGGGCUUCUUCCUGCAUUUCCCCCAAACCCUUCGUUUCAAACCUACCCUUCUCCUCCACCUCCCACUCUCAGACCCCUCUCUCUCUCUCCUCCCGCAGGUCUCCUCAAUCCCGCCGCAGUUUCGCUGUGAAGGCCGGUGAGUUCCCACUUGUUGGAAAUCUAGCACCAGACUUUGAGGCAGAGGCUGUUUUUGAUCAGGAGUUCAUCAAGGUUAAGCUCUCAGAUUAUAUUGGGAAGAAGUAUGUUAUUCUCUUUUUCUACCCGCUGGAUUUCACUUUUGUUUGUCCUACCGAGAUCACCGCAUUCAGCGACCGCUUUGCAGAAUUCGAGAAGUUAAACACAGAAAUAUUAGGUGUUUCCAUUGACAGCGUGUUCUCCCACCUUGCAUGGGUCCAAACAGAUAGAAAGUCUGGGGGGCUUGGUGAUCUGAAGUAUCCAUUGGUUUCUGAUGUGACCAAAUCGAUCUCAAAAUCUUAUGACGUACUGAUUCCGGAUCAGGGUAUCGCUUUGAGGGGUCUUUUCAUUAUUGACAAGGAAGGAAUUAUUCAGCACUCCACCAUUAACAAUCUUGCAAUUGGCCGAAGUGUUGACGAGACAAUGAGAACACUCCAGGCAUUGCAAUACGUGCAAGAUAACCCAGAUGAAGUAUGCCCGGCUGGCUGGAAACCUGGGGAGAAAUCAAUGAAGCCAGAUCCCAAGCUCAGCAAGGAAUACUUUGCUGCAAUAUGAAGGAGUAAUCUGGGCUUGAAUUUUCUGUUCGAGUUGAAGUGGAUGUUGCUUGGUCAUAUAAGCUCUUGUUUCUGGUUUGAGUUCGAACUCAAGUUCGAGCUUGUCAAUGAGCCGAGGUUUGAACAGAUAAAGAACGAUUUGGAGGUAAUGUGGGUGUGUUUGAAGAAGAUGGACUUUUGGCAUUAAUUUUGUAGAGGGGGAUGCACGGAAUGAUAGAUACAUAUUGGCCCUGUUCGAUUUGGAUUUUGAGGGAGUUUUUUUCAGAGUAAUGUAGGAUGUUAUCAAUUUUACUAUGCUUGAGGCAGAUAUAAAGAAUGAAAUACCGGGAUGAUGGUUUUUCC